AUGGAUAAAAUCCUUGAAGCGGUCAUGCAGUCUUCUUAUCCAAUGUAUAUUAAGCAGAGCUUGGCUCGAAGAGUCAUUGAAGCCUCAAAACAACCUAUUGAUAGCGAGCAGUGCUGGUCUAUGCUGGAACUGUCCACCAAACUCUUCUUCUUGAGCGAGUCCUGUUUUGCAAGAGAGACAGCCAGAGAAAUCCUGGAAGUCUAUGGCAGGUAUCAUUCCGAGGAAUUUGAAGAAUUUUUCAAUGCCAGAUUUAUUCUGACUUUACUUCAGGAAGGUUAUGGAACACAGGGUAAGAAACAUCCAUAUAUACUGGAUUACAUAAGUCUUGGACUUCCAUUUGUACUGGACAAACCAACCACUGAGGACAUCUUCAGAAUUCUCAGAAUAGAAGUGCUUCGUACUGUAUGUGAAAGACCAAGUCUUGCUAUUUGUGUUAGGAUUAGCAGGCUUUUAACUACGUACCCUCAGUGUGUUCCCGUGAGAAAACAUCAGGUUCUGUUCUGCCAGCAGCUGAUAAGAUGUAUUGGAAGGUUUCAUUGCACAUCAGAUGGUGAGGAAGGAAUUGUUCAUUACUUGGACCAGGUAAACACAGUCACGGGACUACUGCAAAAUAUCUGGAAGAUUCAGCCUACUUUAGUCCUUGCAUCUUUAAAGGAACUGUUUGCCAUUAUUUCAUCAACAGAAGAUUCCGAAGCUCCUUCUAAUUCGCUGGCAAGUGUGGUGCAGUAUAUUCCAUUGGAGCCAAUGGAAGAUGUGGUGAGAAAUUUGGCCAAUUCUGACAGUGUAGCAGACUCACAGAUGAUGACAGCUAUCAGCAGGAUGAUCGAUUGGGUGUCUUGGCCUUUAGUGAAGAACAUUGACAAGUGGAUAAUCGCUUUACUAAAGGGUUUGGCUGCUGUGAAAAAAUUUAGUAUAUUGAUUGAAGUCACCCUUUCCAAAAUACAAAAGGUGUUCUCCAAGCUGAUAUAUCCUGUAGUCCGGGAAGGAGCCCUCUCUGUUCUCAGGUAUAUGUUGCUGAGUUUCCAGCAUUCACCCGAAGCAUUUCAUUUGAUUAUUCCCCACAUACCCCAGCUGAUUCUCUGCCUCGCCAGAGAAAGCUCUAAUUCUUCAAGCAGUUGCCUUGAGCAGUUGGCCGAACUCAUUCACUGCAUGGUCUUCCGUUUCUCCGGAUACCCUGACCUCUACGAGCCUGUGAUGGAGGCAGUAAAGAAACUCCCCACACCGAAUGAAGACAAAAUAAAACAGUUGCUCGGGCAGAAUGCAUGGACCUCCCAGAAAUAUGAACUGGCUUCCUAUUACCCCAGACUCGCAGCAAAAUCCGACACGGGGAAAAUUGGCCUGAUCAACCUAGGAAAUACAUGUUACAUGAACAGCAUACUGCAAGCCCUGUUCAUGGCAUCAGAUUUUAGACACUCCGUGCUCUGUUUGAGAGACAGUAAUUCCCAGCCACUGAUGAUGAAACUGCAGUAUCUGUUUGCUUUUCUAGAACACAGUCAGCGUCCUGCCGUCUCACCUGAAAGUUUCCUCGCUUCUUCGUGGCCUCCGUGGUUCACUCCAGGCGUUCAGCAAGACUGCUCUGAGUAUUUGAAGUAUCUUCUGGAUCAGCUUCAUGAAGAAGAGAAAACGGGAAAGAGAAUAUCUCAAAUGCUUGCUCAAGCAAGUGGUGGCAUUCAGUUGAAAACGUCACAGUCAUGCAGCAUGACAUUAAUUGAGCAGAUGUUCGGCGGAAGAAUUCUAACGAGAAUCCGUUGUUUCAAAUGUCAAGGUGUUUCUUCCAGAGAAGAAAAAUUUACCGACUUGUCACUUGCUUUUCCUCCAAAGGAUGGCAGUAUGCCCGAUUUUCCUAAAAAAACACAUACUUCAGUUUUACCAGUGGAAGAAAUAGGACCACAAAAUUCCAAGGUAGCACCUAAAGUCCAAGGUCAUCAGACCACUACAUUUCCAGAAAGUUUGAGAUGGCAUCAGAAAGCAGAGGAGCAUCGUGGGAUGGUAGCACCUAUUGAGUCUUUGGGUUCUCAAGGAAAAAUAAGUCAACAGGAGUCUUUCAUGUCAAUGGCUGAAGACAAAGAUGAAAAUAACUGUUCUGUUUUAGAAAGCAGGAAUGCUUUAACUGUCUUGUCUAGGAAAACAACUACCGGCUUCAAAUCUUCCCUUGCCUUGGCUGAUUUAAUCAACCAUUUCCUUAGUCCAGAGAUGCUUACAUCAGAAAAUAAGUACCGUUGUGAAACAUGUGUCUCCUUACAGGAUGCUGAGAAGGUUGUUGAACUUACCACAAGUCCAAAGUACCUUAUUCUGACUCUGCUCAGGUUUUCUUUUGAUUUGAAGACCAUGAGGAGAAAAAAGAUAUUGGACAAUGUAUCUGUUCCAUUGGUUCUGAAGUUACCUGUUAAUGUGGAAGCCUCUCAGACAGGCGGUGGAACCACAGAAAGAAACACAAGAUGUGGUUUAGCCAAGGAUCAUCGGUCUGUCACCUAUGAUCUAUGCACUGUAAUUGUACAUUCUGGAUUAUCCUCAGAGAGUGGACACUACUAUUGUUAUGCUAGAGACUGUACGGAUAAAGACAGUCAAAGACAGUCAAGUGCUGGUAUUAGACGGUUUACCUCUGACAAACAUAUAGACCUGGAAAUUCAGUGGUACCUCUUCAAUGACACUCGAGUCUCGUUCUCAUCAUUUGAAUCAGCCAGCAACGUAACAUCUUUUUUCCCUAAAGACACAGCGUAUGUACUUUUGUAUAGACAGAGACAUCAGAAAAACAUGGGUUCUGGUUCCAACUUGGCAAAAGUUGAUGCUAUGUCACACGGAGACAUCUCUCUUAACAAAGAGCUGAUGGAAGCCAUCACCAAAGACAAUAUUAAGUAUUUGCAGGAACAGGAGAAAGACGCCCGUAACACAGCAGCAUACAUUUCUCCGCUUCUCAAGUCUCCUCCAUGGUGGCAUAACAAUGAUAAUGAUAGUGAUGAUGAAGGUUCACCAGGCGGCCUGGGACCAUCUGCAGGAGGUUCUGGAACAUUCCAUGGACUUGUGUUCUAG